AUGCCAAGAUCGUACCUUGUAGUUGCAAAAGUCCCCCCAGCAGAAAUUAUUGAUUGGUUUGCCCUCAUAUAUUUGCCUGGAAUUACAAUCCCUUCACUUGCACCUAUUCGCAAUAGAAAAGAGGAGAUUCACAUAAAAAGCAGCGAAACACCAAACCCUAUUGUGAGACU